CCCCCCGCAGCUGAGCGCGCGGGCCACGGAGCCGGGAACGAGGCCCGGUUCGAGCCCCGCGGGCGCGCGCUGAUGACGCGACGGCGCGGCGGCCCUAGCGACGGCGGUCUCCAGGGAGCGGGCGCGCGCUGAUGACGUAGCGCCGCGGCGGCCCUAGCGACGGCGGUCUCCAGGGAGCGGGCGCGCCGCACGGAGGCAUGGACGCGACCACCGCCCCUCACCGCAUACCCCCGGAAAUGCCCCAAUACGGGGAGGCGAACCACAUAUUCGAGCUGAUGCAGAAUAUGCUGGAGCAACUCCUGAUCCACCAGCCCAAGGACCCCAUCCUGUUCAUGAUCAGUCACUUGCAACGAGACAACAAUAACGUGCCGAAGAUUGUAAUAUUAGGUCCACCCGCCUCGGGGAAAACAACUAUAGCAAUGUGGCUGUGCAAACAUCUCAACAGCAAUCUUCUCACCGUGGAGAACCUGAUGGCAAGAGAAUUUUCCUCUCUGGCUGCGGGUGCCAGGAGGCAUUACCAGAACGUGACGAAGGUGCCCAGCACCCUGCUCGUCAGACUGAUUCAGGAACGUGUGAGCGAGGAGGACUGCAUCAGGCGGGGCUGGAUUCUGGAUGGCAUUCCUGAAACUCGGGAGCAGGCCCUGAUGAUCCAGACCCUCGGGAUCACCCCCAGACACGUCAUUGUGCUGAGCUCUCCAGACACCGUCCUGAUUGAGAGAAACUUGGGGAAGAGAAUCGACCCUCAGACGGGAGAGAUUUAUCACACCACCUUUGACUGGCCCCCCGAAGCGGAAAUCCAGAACCGGCUGGUGGUGCCAGAGGGCAUCUCAGAGCUGGAGACGGCACGGAAGCUGCUGGAAUACCACAGGAACAUCAUCAGGAUCCUUCCGGCUUACCCCAAGAUCCUGAAAGUCAUCAGCGCCGACCAGCCGUGCAUGGACGUCUUCUACCAGGCUCUGACCUAUGCCCAAACCAGCCAUCGAUCUAAUGCCCCGUUCACCCCGCGGGUGCUGCUUUGCGGGCCCGUGGGCAGUGGGAAACGUCUGCAGGCUGCCCUCCUGGCCCAGAAAUAUGGCCUCGUCAACGUCCACUGUGGGCAACUGUUGAAAGAGGCGGUAGCAGACAAGUCAAAAUUCGGCGAGCUCAUCCAGCCCUAUUUUCAAAAGAAGAUGGCAGUCCCUGACAGCAUCGUCAUGAAGGUGCUGGGCCAGAGGCUGAGCCAGCAGGACAGCGUUCAGAAGGGGUGGGUGCUGCACGGCUUCCCGAGAGACCUGGACCAGGCGCACAUGCUGCACAGCCUGGGCCACCAGCCCAGCAGGGUGUUUUUCCUGAACGUGCCAUUAGAUUCUAUCAUCGAGCGGCUGACCCUGAGAAGAAUGGAUCCCGUCACGGGAGAAAGGUACCACCUCAUGUACAAGCCGCCCCCGACCGUAGAAAUCCAGGCCCGCCUCCUGCAGCACCCAAAAGAUACCAAAGAGCAGGUCAAGCUCAAAAUGGAUCUGUUCUACAGGCAUUCCUCGGACCUGGAGGAGUUCUACAGGCAGGCCAUCGCCAUCAACGGGGACCAGGACCCGUACACGGUCUUUGAAUACAUAGAGAGUGGGAUCAUUAACCCCCUGCCCAGGAAAGUCCCCUGAUGGCUUCCCAGGGAGACAAAGUCAGCCCCCACCCCAACCUCCCGAAACCUCAGCCAAGCCAAUAAAGUGUGCUGGGUGCA